AUGGAUGUUGAAAAAAUUACCACAGAGAACCACUACAUGCCACUAGCCUCUUGGAUCCCUCAGCUUUCCGGAGCACCCUUUGCUAUGUACUCACAGGCAGGAAUUCCUGGCUUGAAGAUGGGUCGCAAAAAUGCAGAUCCCUUGGUUGGCCUUCCCAGUCUGACACAUAGAAAUUACAAUGCUGCUGAGACCAAGAAGAUCGAUAUGAAGACUUUCAGAUUUCGGAAACGAACCAGUAACGGGUUAAACCAUUUCAGCCUGUACGUCAAAGGAUUUGAAUUCGACACCAUCGACAAAGUCCAGAAUUCCUCCCAAGGCGGAGCCAUUCCAUCAGAGUGGGCGGAUUUCGGGGGCUGGCCUCUUGGGACUGGAGUUCCGCCGGAUGAGUUUUGGCGCACGAUUGUAGCCGAUCGGGGAAGAGAUGGAAAGAAUCCGCCUGUAUACUACGCACGGGCGUGUAAGGAGUCCUUCGAAAAAGGUGGCUACGUCAGUGGCGCCGUCAACACGACAGACCUGAUAAACAACGAAAGGUGCUCAGUGAUCGCACAAUUUUGUCGUAGGGUGCAGGCCGUGAUCUGGAACAGGGCGUUGGUCAGGACGAAAAGUGGAAAGCUCGGUUUAGCCGGUCCAAACGUCCAGCCUGGCGACAAGGUUUGCAUCCUGUACGGAUGCAGCGUGCCCGUUAUUCUUCGCAAGAGCGAGGAAAAGAGAGAAGAAAUAAUGGAGGGGGAGAUAGCAUGGGAACUCCAAUACCUGAAGAAGCAAUUGGCAGAGUGUUAUCGUGCGUAUGUUAGGCGCCGAGAAUUCUUUCAGCAAAAAUGGAAGGAUGACAAGGCGAAAUACAAACAAUGGGAAAUGACAAAGCGGGAAGAGUGGAAGCGGUCGAGAACCUCUAAAGAGUGGCGGAAAAAGUGGAAGAAAGAUACCGAGGAGAAGGAGGCAAAAGCGAAAAGCCUGGUCGUCAAGAAGUCGACAGCUGGCGUACUGAAGAUAAGAGACAGAAAAGUCUAUGUCCAGCAUUGCCGUGAAUUGUUUUGGUAUUGCAUCAUGCGAAUUGAUCGUGAAUUCGAUGCUUGGAAGCGCGGCAAGCGAGCGGAGAAAAAGGAAAGAGAACAGCGGCGAAAACAAGGCGAUAAGGCAAUGACUGAGGAGGACCAUGCUUGGGAUGAACCGAAUGUAAAUUGGCGGGAAUUUGAACUCUCACUGAGAUAUUUCCGCCGAUGGAAGAAGAGAACCAGGGACGUAAAGGAGAGCAUUCGAAAAGAGGUCGAAGCAGAAAUGAAGAAAAGGACGGAAGGAAAGGGCCAGGAGAAAGGCCAGGACCACGUCCAUGAAGCCGAACCCGAGCUCGUACGAGAACAACGAAAGAAAAAGCUGACCGAAGAGCAGAAGGAGGAGUACGAGGCGAAACUGAGGGAAAACGUCAAACGAGCGCUUGGGAAGGACCGGUUUUACAGUUAUCAGCUUUAUGGGGAAUGCUAUAUACACGGCAUGAUGGACGGGGAAGCCAUGUCGGUGCAGAACGGGAACUCUGGAGAUGAGAAUGCAAAGCCAAUUGACUCGACUGUUUUCGAAAUCAGACACCCUACCAUCAAGAAAAAUCAGCGGGGCUCUGGGUAUCAGCACCGACUCCUCCCCAAUCUCCGCCUUAGACGCGAUGAUCUCCCUGGAAUUGUUGCAGAACGAGACUGUCUUGGGCGCCGGCAGCUCCUGAAGCGUCCAUCCACGUCCAAGCCACUUCGCAUUCCUGGAAUGUCCUCUGAUCGUGUCAUCGAAGCGUAUCGAGCCGUUGUCAUCCGCUGCGCCAUCUCCAGGUCGAGAUAG